UCCCCCAGGACCCAGAGUCCAACUCCCGACCCCAUCUCUCCCCUUCCCCACAGAUCACCAUGUACAGUUUCAUGGGUGGUGGCCUCUUCUGUGCCUGGGUGGGGACGAUUCUCCUGGUGGUAGCCACGGCGACAGACCACUGGAUGCAGUACCGGCUGUCGGGGGCCUUCGCCCACCAGGGCCUGUGGCGAUACUGCCUGGGCAGCAAGUGCUACCUGCAGACGGAAAGCAUCGGUAAGGCUCCAGGGCCUGGGCCAGGCUGUGCCUGGGAUCAGAGUCUCUUGCAGGGUAGACGCUGACAGCAGAAGGGCCACCUGUUUUGCAGAUGGCGAACCCUGAGGCUCAGAGAGGGAAAGGGUCCAGCCGAAGCUUACUGGAAUGCCACCCGGGCCUUCAUGAUCCUGUCCUCCCUGUGUGCCACCUCGGGCAUCAUCAUGGGCAUCAUGGCCUUCGCUCAGCAGUCCACGUUCACCCGCCUCUCCCGGCCCUUCUCUGCCGGCAUCAUGUUUUUCGCCUCCACCUUUUUCGUCCUGCUGGCCUUGGCCAUCUACACUGGCGUCACCGUCAGCUUCCUCGGUCGCCGCUUUGGGGACUGGCGCUUCUCCUGGUCCUACAUCCUGGGCUGGGUGGCCCUGCUCAUGACUUUCUUUGCAGGAAUUUUCUACAUGUGUGCCUAUCGGAUGCAUGAAUGUCGGCGCCUGUCCACACCCCGCUGAGCCCAAAUGUCUGCCCCGGCUUCACCCAGAAGUGACAGUGAGGUCACUGAAGAGGAGGGGAGGGUCUAGGGGCCUGAAAUCCUGGUUGCUAGGGGCAUGAGGGGGUCCGGUCCCGGACUCUGGGUUGGGGGGGCCCCUGACUCCUGUUUCCCAAGGGGGAAGGAGCAAGAAUGGGGGCUGGUGGAAGCUGUUGAGGAGACCCAAGGCCCCACCCACCAGGGAGGUUGUUAGCGAAAUGGAAUCUCCACUAGAGCGACUUUUUGGAGUCUAAUAAAACUGAUUGAAACUACUGAAGUGUGGUCCCUUUGGGGCUGGGGUGGAGGAACCAGGGUGGGUGGGAUGGGAGUGGUUGCCUUAUCGUGGCCCAGUCUGCUCAGGUCCCGUCAGGAUGGACACACAGGUCCCCAGCCCACCAAGUUCAGCUUCUAGGAAACUGAUGUGUAGGUCAAAGUCUUUCUUUUCUUUUUUCUUUUCUGGCCAUCCUGUGGCCUAUGGAGUGCCCAGGCCAGGGAUCAGAUCCAGGCACAGUUGCAACCUAGACCACAGCUGCUGCAACGCUAGAUCCUUAACCCACUGGGCCUGGCCAGGGAUCAAAUCUGUGUCCUGACACCACCCAUCCCAUUGCAGAUUCAGCUAUGCCCCCUAUAGGUCCAAUUAUUUUUGUUGUUGUUGUUUUGUGUUUUUUUUUUUUUUUGCUUUUUGGGGCUGCACACGCAGCAUA